UUUUGUGUUGAAGGACCGAAUAGAGCGCUGCACCGCUGAAUGUUUGUUAACAGUUUGUUUAGAGGAGCUCCUCUUCAGAGGUGAGUCUCAGGUGUGAUGUUGCUGCUGCGUCCGUCUCUCUGCUGCCCUUUGACCUCGCCGCUGCUGACUGGAUGUGCGCGGACGCUUCGCCGUGCCUCUCCUCGGGCUGAGCUCUUCCUGCGGCGGCGGCCUCCCUCGCGCCUCCUCGCUCGGAGCGGCAGCAGGUGGUCGAGGGGACAGGAGGCGGAGUGGAGGACCAAGAACAAGACGGUGCUGAUGUACGUCGCUGCCGCCGGUGUGGGAAUGAUCGGCCUGACGUACGCCUCCGUGCCUCUCUACCGCCUCUACUGCCAGGCAACGGGGCUGGGCGGCGCGGCGGUGGCCGGUCAUGACACCGAUCAGGUGGAGACGAUGACGCCGAUAAAGGAACGCAUCAUAAAGGUGACCUUCAACGCCGACACGCACGCCACCCUCCAGUGGAACUUCAGGCCACAGCAGACAGAGAUCUAUUUGGUUCCAGGUGAGACGGCGCUGGCCUUCUACAGAGCCAAGAACCCCACAGAGAAACCCAUCAUCGGUAUCUCCACCUACAACGUGGUGCCCUUCGAAGCGGGCCAGUACUUCAACAAGAUCCAGUGUUUCUGCUUCGAGGAGCAGCGUCUGAACCCCCACGAGGAGGUGGACAUGCCCGUCUUCUUCUACAUCGACCCAGAGUUCGACAAGGACCCCAGGAUGGCUUGGGUCGACACCAUCAUUCUGUCCUACACCUUCUUUGAGGCCAAAGAGGGUCAGAACCUUCCUCUGCCCAGGUACAACUGACCCGGGUCCGGCCCAGAGGCUUAGAGAACUGGAGGAGACGGCUGAGCCCAUGAUCUGGGACCCUCCUCAGACCUGAACCUGCUCCGGUCAGGACAGUCGUCUGCAUGAAGUUUUCAGCUCCGUGUUCCUGUCGGACUUUUAUUUCAGAACCUAAAAUAAAAAGUGUCUGAAGUCGAAGCUCAGAGCUUCACAGAAGAAUCCUGAAAAAUCUAAUCUGAAACUGUUUUAAUGCAACAAUCAGUUCGAUGUAAAAGUAUAAUUUAUGUGAAUUUUCUCUGAACAGGAAGUUUCCGCACAGAUUCUGAAAUGUUUGGGUUUUAGGCGUCCGUCGUGCUGCCUGAUGCCUGAGAUGAGUAAAAACUGGUUCUAAUGAGUCAUGAAGCUUUCAUCUGAAGAUGCCUGAGAGAAAAUAUGUGAUGUUAAAAAUAAAUAUUUCAUAUUUAUUUUUAUUAAUAUUUAACUGA